CGAGGGUAUAUCGUAUUACGAUUCGAUAAAUCGAUCGAUCGAGGCCUAUCGAACAGAAGGAGCUCGAACUUGAGGAGGGGGUAAAAGGGAGUGGAGUGCGCGGUUGUCCGGGCGGCCAUUGCGGGUAUAUUGUCCGAAACCGCGAAUGCAAUUGAGUGCUGCGUGCCACACUAGUGAAAUCAACGAGAAUCAAAGGUCAUCCUCGAAAGAAGGUGCUCCGUGUGAAGCCCGGGACGCGCACAAAACCCCGGCCCGAUGGCUGAAUCAGACAAACUUAAUAUUGACAACAUCAUAGCUCGGCUUUUGGAAGUGCGGGGGGCUAGGCCAGGAAAAAAUGUACAAUUGACAGAAGGAGAAAUAAAGGGACUUUGCUUGAAGUCACGUGAAAUUUUUUUAUCGCAACCUAUUCUGUUAGAACUUGAAGCACCGCUUAAAAUAUGUGGUGAUAUUCACGGGCAAUAUUAUGACUUACUGCGACUAUUUGAAUAUGGUGGAUUCCCGCCAGAGAGUAAUUAUCUAUUUCUAGGAGAUUAUGUUGAUAGAGGAAAACAAUCCUUAGAGACGAUUUGUCUUCUUCUUGCCUACAAAAUCAAAUAUCCAGAGAACUUUUUUUUACUUCGUAAACGACGUUACAACAUUAAACUGUGGAAAACGUUUACGGAUUGUUUCAACUGCUUACCUGUUGCGGCAAUAGUAGAUGAAAAAAUAUUUUGUUGCCAUGGUGGCCUUAGUCCGGAUCUACAAAACAUGGAACAGAUCAGACGUAUCAUGCGACCAACAGAUGUACCUGAUCAAGGCUUAUUGUGUGACUUAUUAUGGUCUGAUCCAGACAAAGAUACAAUGGGUUGGGGAGAAAAUGACCGUGGAGUAUCAUUUACAUUUGGAGCUGAAGUAGUUGCCAAAUUUUUACAUAAGCAUGACUUUGACCUCAUAUGUCGUGCUCAUCAGGUGGUAGAGGAUGGCUAUGAAUUCUUUGCAAAGAGACAAUUAGUUACCUUGUUCUCAGCGCCGAACUACUGUGGUGAAUUUGAUAAUGCUGGAGCUAUGAUGUCCGUAGAUGAAACACUCAUGUGUAGUUUCCAAAUUCUAAAGCCAGCUGAUAAAAAGAAAUUAACGUAUGGUGGCCUGAAUGCGAAUAGACCAGUGACACCUCCUCGAGGUGGUGGAAAUAACAAAAGCAAGAAGAAGUGAAGCCCUUAGAUUUGUUUCUCAUAUUUUCUUUUGAACGCAAUGUUUAGAACUUCAAAACUUCCUUGAACCCCACAGUCUUUUAAGACAUUAAGUUCUUGUAAGAGAAAAGAUGUUAUUGUUAUUAUUUCUCCUAAUAUCGCUAUUAUUAUUAUCAACGCUAUUAUCAUAUUACUUUUGAAUUUAUCAUGAACUCCACCCAUACAUUAACGAUCACAUUUUAAGUAAAAAAAAAAAAAUUCUGAAGCG